AUGUUCAAAUCAGUCUUCAGGACAGGAAUUCGAUCCUCAUAUGAUGUCCUGGAGAAUCCUCUGUUUUCUUCUGAUGCAUGGAAAGUUUACCCAGCUAAGCAUAGGUCCCUGGGAAGAGCGGUAUCGGUAUUCAUCUUUGAUAAGUCAAAGUUUGAAUCUCAAAUUCAUAGAAUGUGUCUGUCUAUGUCAAGCAACAAUCCCAAGGUGGUUAUAAGUAAUUGCUAUGAACUUAUCAAAUAUGAAGUUACCCAGUUAAGUAAGCUAAAGCAUCCACAAAUAUUGACUGUUUUUGAAACACUUGAAGAAACUAAACUGAAAUUUUUAUUUGCAACGGAACCUGUGAAAGGAAGUUUAGUCACUACUGACUUGGCUAAGUUAGACAACUUAAGCAUUCAGAAAGGAUUGUUGGAAAUAGCGAAAAGCUUGCAAUUUUUACAUAAUUACUGCUCCAUUAUUCACUUCAAUCUACAACCGUCUUCCGUAUUUAUUAAUACACAGGGUGACUGGAAACUAGCAGGAUUCAGGUUUUUAAAAGAUCUUAAAGAGAUCCUGCCCCUGGAACGCCUGAACUUUUUUCUCAUGCAUAAUUCUUCCUUGGUCCCCUUCAGUAAUCUUAAUGUCAAUUAUACUGCACCAGAGCUUUUAAUAGAUAAACAACUGAUUCUUGAUCCAGGAAAUGAUAUAUGGUCUUUGGGAUGUCUAAUAUUUUAUCUUUACAAUAAAGGUGAAGCUAUUUUAAACUGUUUUGACACUAAUAGCAUAAGUGAUUAUAAAAGUGAGUUUAAAAGAUUUGAAAACAAGUUUUAUAAUCACAGACCCAGUGAAUUAAGGUAUUUCUUAAAAAAUGUUCCUGACAAGUUAUACCCAUUGUUCCCUCAAAUACUUGCACGUUAUCCUAAUGAAAGGAUUACCAUCGAUCAAUUCAUCGAUUCUGACUUUUUCCAAGGUAAUCUUAUAAGAGCUAUGCUUUUCAUUGACGAAAUAUCUACAAAGACACUUGAAGAGAAAACUAUCUUUACUAAAGGUUUGUCAGAAGCCGAUUCAGAAGGGAAUAGCUUGAUAUCUCAGUUUCCCGAUGGAUUUAAUGUACAUAAACUUUUGCCUUUAUUAAUUGAUUUGAUAACUAAGGAGCUAAAUUUAGCAAGCAACAGAAACUUGGAUACUUUGAAUGAGUUGUUGAUUACUAACUCGUUGACCGUGGUUUUCAAAAUUGGGUCAACUUUAUCCCGUUUGACUUUCCAGGAUGUUAUAUACGAAUCACUCCUAAAGGAUGAAGUGAAAUCUAAAGUCCAGAGCGUGGGUAAGAAGCUUUUGAAUUGUUCAGUGAGAACAAGGAUGACGUUAAUUGAAAAUUUGGAAGUUCUUGAGUCAAAAUUGAACGAUCGACUGCUAAUAGAUCUAGCGAAAAAGUUAUCCGAUUUGGCUCUUAAUUCUCCUGUGGACACAGAUAAUCAAGAAGAUCAAAUUAAACUUCAAGAGGUAUAUUUCAAGAAACUACCUGGUGUAGCUGGAAAAUUUGAUUUCCCAUACAUAAAAAAUAACUUGUUCCCAUUGAUAUGUCAAGUGUUCAAGACAACGACGCUGCUUUCUGUUAAAGUUUUGAUAAUAGAAAACCUUGAAAUGCUCGUCAGCCGAAAAAUAAUUGAUAAGAUCAUAGUAGAAGACCAAAUUCUACCUCUCUUGAAGAAUUUAAAAAGCAGGGAUAAGCGCAUUGUGGCCCCAGUUUUGAAGUUUUUUGUCAAUUUGAAUAAGUCUGAUCAUAUUACCCUAAGCAUCGAAACAUCAGUUGACUUUAUAUUGUGUCAAAGCUUACUUUUGGUUUUUGGAUGUCAUGGGUGUACACAAGAAGAAUUUUCUCAGUUCAUGAGCUAUACUCGCCAAAUUGAAACCGCAUUAAUGGAUCGAAAUAUAGAAAACUUGCCUAAAUCAUCGAGUCAAACGACCAAGAGUGGUGAUAUGAGCUUUUCGAAAGUAAUCAGUGGCCAAAACUUGACUGAAGGUAAAAAAGAUGAUAUUUUAAAGGUACCAAAAACAAAAAAUAUAUUACAACCGAUUAGAACACAAAGUGAUAGUCAGCAAGGUAGAAAAACUCAGCUAUCUUUUGGUUCCACUGGAUCCAGUUCCCAGAAUGCCUCCGUUUUACGGACCCUUAGAGUUUCCAACGAUAACAGAGAUGAUAAACCAAGAGACAAUGAGGCGCCUAAACUCAAUCCAGCAUUUAAUAUUAAGCCUCAAUCUAAUUUUCAACAAUUACAACUGGGAUCAAACAGUCCAAGCUUCCCUCCGGGAUUUAAUUCGCAUUUAAUUCUAUCUCCAAGUAAUAAGACAAGCAAUACCAACGGGCCGAAAAAAUCUAGCGAUAUCUUUGACCUCAUAUAA